CCGCAACGCCCACAUCGCCGCCUACCUCGUUGACCGCCGCCGUUGACCUCGCCCUCCGGCGAGGCCAACUCGCCAAGCACUAACCCCGCCGCCGCCGCCGCCUGACCCCGCCGCACCUCCCCCGAGCCAGCGCCGCCCGACCCACCGGCCUCUCUCCCGGCUCGCCGCGGCCUCGCCAUCCCCCGCCCAGCCGCCCCGCCAGUCGAACCCCGGCGACAUGGUCUGCAAUCAGUAGCCGAUCGCGUCCCCCGUUGCUCGUUCUCCCCCGACCGCCCAAUCCAGCUCUUCUCGGUAACACUACGGCUCCUCUGCUUGGUCGCCAUGGCGAUCCGCAUCACCGUCUCCUACUCCGGCUACGUGGCGCAGAACCUCGCCGCGUCGCUCGGCCUCCGCUGCGGGUCCUCCGCCUCCGCCGGGUGCCGGUUCCUCCAGGAGGGGUCGUGGCGCCCCUUCUGCAUCUUCACCUCCUCUCGCCACCAGCCCGACCGCCUCCGGGCCAGCGACGGUGACCGCCAUGACGCCGCCGACGACCACAACCACCCCAAGCCUCAGGCCCUCGCUGCCGCCGCCGCUGCCGCCUCCGGAAGCCACUCUCUUUUCCCUUCGAGGCCCUACUCUUCGUCCAAGCCGCCGCCGCCGCCGCCUCUCGCCGUGGGGUUGCUGUCGGUGCUCGCCCAGGGUUCGACGGCUGGGUCGUCGACGGCUGGGAUCUCCGGCGCCGCGUCUCUGGCCGGAUCGUCGUCGAUUUCGAUCGGGCUGUUCAACCCGGCGCACCUCCUCCCGUUCUUGCAGACCGCGAGGUGGCUCCCCUGCAGCGACCUUGCCCCCUCCUCGUCUUCGGCGCCAUCGUCCCCUCCUCCCUCGCCACCGCUGCCUUCGAUCCGUCCCUCCAGGAAGACGUUCAGCGGUGUUCCACCCGCCGGAGCUUCCGCUUCUGCUUCUGGCGCGAUUGCCCGGAACAUCGGUGCUAGUGCCACAAUGAGCAGGAGCAACUGGCUGUCCAAGUGGGUGAGCUCGUGCUCCGACGACGCCAAGACGGCCUUCGCCGCCGUGACCGUGCCGCUGCUCUACAGCUCCUCCCUUGCCGAGCCGAGGUCCAUCCCGUCCAAGUCCAUGUACCCGACCUUCGACGUCGGUGACCGGAUUCUCGCCGAGAAGGUGUCAUAUGUGUUCCGGGAACCAGAAAUCUUGGACAUUGUGAUCUUCCGUGCUCCCCCAGCUCUUCAGGAUAUGGGGUACAGCUCCGGUGAUGUGUUCAUCAAGAGGGUUGUGGCCAAGGGAGGGGACUACGUCGAAGUGCGUGAUGGCAAGUUACUGGUCAAUGGGGUACUUCAAGAUGAAGAAUUUGUGCUGGAGGCACACAACUAUGAGAUGGAACCAUUGCUUGUGCCGGAAGGGUAUGUGUUUGUGCUGGGAGACAACCGUAACAACAGCUUAGACUCCCAUAACUGGGGGCCGCUCCCGGUGAGGAACAUACUCGGCAGAUCCGUGUUCCGGUACUGGCCACCGUCGAAGAUAACGGAUACAAGAUACUACCAACCCGAUGCGGCGCUCUACGCGGUGGGGAUGUCGUGACGACACGUGCCUCCGGCGAUGCCGUGGCAACCAAUCCUCUUGUUUCAUCGAGAGUUUGUAUUUAGAACUGUGAAUGAAUUCCCGUUCCGUUCGUUUUUCGCUGCCUACUGGCAGGCGCUUGUUAAAAGACCACGAAAAGCUUGGUUAUGUGUAGAGACUAGAGAGCAGCUGCUGAGGGAGCAUUCAUUCAUUCAUUUUGCUUCAGAGCUGGACGAUUUUUGUUCUGCUUCCAGCAAGCUGGCUGGGAGAUGUAAGGUACAGUAUAUUUGAAAAAAGAAAAAAAAAUGUAAGGUACAGUAUAUUAGAAAAAAAAGACGAAUGCAAAUGCAAUGGCCAGCUGCUCUGUGGUUUUUCGUGUGUGUA